AUGGGUCUGGGUGCCCCGCCCCCUCCAUCGGGCGGUCGAGGUCCUACUACCAAGUUCUCUGCAGCUUCUUCUCCUCCUCACUUCCCCUCCUCUUCCUCUUCCACAUCGCUUCUGCGAACCUCGCAAAUCGCAAACCACCUCCAGAACCCCGCGCCGCGCACGACGCACCGCUCACUCUCCACGAUGGUGUCCCCGUACGCGGUCCGCAAGAUUGCCGCUCCCAACACCCUCGAGCACCGAGUCUACAUUGAGAAGGAUGGCGUCCCCGUCUCCCCCUUCCACGACAUUCCCCUGUACGCCAACCAGGAGCAGACUAUCCUCAACAUGAUUGUUGAGAUCCCGCGCUGGACCAAUGGCAAGCUCGAGAUUUCCAAGGAGGAGCUGCUUAACCCCAUCAAGCAGGACAUCAAGAAGGGCAAGCUUCGUUUUGUGCGCAACUGCUUCCCCCACAAGGGCUACCUCUGGAACUACGGUGCCUUCCCCCAGACCUGGGAGGACCCCAACGUCAUCCACCCCGAGACCAAGGCCAAGGGUGACAACGACCCUCUCGACGUCUGCGAGAUUGGCGAGCUUGUCGGCUACCCCGGCCAGGUCAAGCAGGUCAAGGUCCUCGGUGUCAUGGCUCUUCUCGACGAGGAGGAGACUGACUGGAAGGUCAUUGUCAUUGAUGUCAACGACCCUCUUGCUCCCAAGCUCAACGACGUUGAGGAUGUCGAGCGCCACCUCCCUGGCCUCCUCCGCGCCACCAACGAGUGGUUCCGCAUCUACAAGAUUCCUGACGGCAAGCCCGAGAACCAGUUUGCCUUUUCCGGCGAGUGCAAGAACAAGGCCUAUGCCCUCGAUGUCAUCCGCGAGUGCGGCGAGGCCUGGGAGCGCCUGAUCACCGGCAAGACCGCCGCUGGCGAUGUCUCCAUUGCCAACGUUACCGUCUCUCGUUCUCCUGCCCGCAUCACUCCCGACCAGCUCCCUCCUCUGCCUGCCAACCAGGAGAUUCCUCCUGAGAAGAUUGACAGCUCCAUUGACAAGUGGUUCUUCAUUAGUGGCGCCUCUGCUUAA